AGUCACACCAGUGGAGAGAUCAUCAACCACAUGAGCGUGGAUGUCCAGAGAAUCACAAAGCUCACGUGGUACUUAAACACAGUAUGGAUGUUACCCAUACAAAUCUCAUUAGCCAUCUACAUUUUGCAUAUUAAUUUAGGUUUAGGGUCUGUCGCUGCACUAGCGGCAACAUUGACUGUUAUGGCUUGCAAUAUACCUCUGACGAGAACUCAGAAAAAAUAUCAGUCCAAGAUCAUGGAAGCUAAAGACAGUAGGAUGAAAUCCACAUCAGAGGUUCUUCAAAACAUGAAAACCGUAAAACUUCAAGCUUGGGAUAAUCAGUUCCUCAACAAACUAGAGAGCUUGAGGAAAAUAGAGUACGAAUGGUUAUGGAAGUCACAACGACUGGGAGCACUAUCAGGAUUCAUCUUCUGGGGUUCACCCACUUUCAUCUCCAUCGUGACUUUUGGCACAUGUAUGCUAACGGGCAUUCAACUUACUGCUGGAAGAGUCUUAGCAGCCCUGGCCACUUUUCGAAUGUUACAAGAUCCCAUAUUUAGUCUUCCAGACUUGCUCAAUGUAAUUACACAAGGUAAAGUUUCUGCGGACAGAGUUGCUUCUUACCUGCAAGAAGAUGAAAUUCGACAGGAUGCAAUCGAAUAUAUUCCAAAGAAUCAAACACAGUUUGAUAUUGAGAUUAUCAAUGCAACAUUCAGCUGGAAUCCUGACUUGAUUACACCAACUCUGAGCAAUAUCGAGCUGAAAAUUAAGAGAGGCACGAAGGUGGCGAUCUGUGGGAUGGUAGGAUCAGGGAAGUCAAGCCUUCUGUCAUGCAUCCUAGGAGAAAUAGAUAAGCUCUCUGGCCAAGUGAAAAUCAGCGGUACAAAAGCUUACGUUCCGCAGUCUCCUUGGAUACUGUCAGGGAAUAUAAGGGAUAACAUUCUAUUUGGAAAUCCAUAUGAUCCCAACAAGUAUGACCGAACAGUCCAGUCAUGUGCUUUGAUCAAGGAUUUUGAGCUGUUUUCAGCGGGUGAUCUCACGGAGAUUGGAGAAAGAGGCAUCAACAUGAGUGGAGGGCAAAAGCAAAGGAUACAAAUUGCACGUGCAGUUUACCAAGAUGCUGAUAUAUAUCUGCUCGAUGACCCUUUCAGUGCAGUGGAUGCUCAUACAGGCACACAACUCUUUGCAGAUUGCCUGAUGGGAAUGCUCAAAGACAAGACAAUACUCUUUGUCACCCACCAAGUCGAAUUCCUUCCUGCAGCAGAUCUCAUUCUGGUGAUGCGGGAUGGAAGAAUAGCACAGGCUGGCAAGUUUGAAGAUCUCUUAAAACAGAAUUCAGGAUUUGAAGUGUUGGUGGGCCAUGACUCUGAGCAUGAUCUAUCCUUGGAGAUAUCAGAGAAGGAAGGGAGACUGGUGCAAGAUGAAGAACGAGAAAAAGGAAGCAUUGGAAAAGAAGUUUACUGGUCCUACAUAACAACAGUGAAGGGCGGAGCGCUAAUCCCGAUAAUUCUCAUUGCUCAGUCCUCAUUUCAGAUACUCCAAGUAGCCAGUAAUUAUUGGAUGGCAUGGGUUUGUCCUCCAGAUAGUGAUACUGAACCAUUGUAUAAAAUGGAUACAAUCCUUCUUGUUUACGUACUGCUUGCUGUUGGAAGUUCACUCUGCGUACUUCUUCGAACAAUGCUUGUUGCGAUAACAGGAUUAUGGACAGCACAGACGCUAUUCAUGAAAAUGCUUUACAGUGUAAUGCGGGCUCCGAUGGCAUUUUUUGACUCAACCCCUACUGGAAGGAUCUUAAGCAGGGCAUCCACUGAUCAAAGUGCACUAGACUUGGAAGUGGCAUGGACAUUGGGUCGGUGUGCUUUCUACAUAAUACAGCUUCUAGGAACAAUUGCAGUGAUGUCGCAGGUAGCAUGGGAAGUAUUUGUGAUCUUCAUUCCGGUGACUGCAAUAUGUAUAUGGUACCAGCAAUACUACAUAACAACUGCAAGAGAACUAGCCCGCAUAUCAGGGACUCAGCAAGCUCCAAUUCUACACCACUUUGCAGAAUCAAUAGCAGGAGCAGCAACAAUUCGUGCUUUUGACCGAGAAGAUCGAUUCACUGAUGGAAAUCUAGGGCUUGUAGACAAUCACUCAAGGCCAUGGUUUCAUCUUGUGUCAGCAAUGGAAUGGCUUUCAUUUCGCCUAAAUCUGUUGUCUAACUCUGUCUUUGCCUUUGCAUUGCUUUUGCUGGUAUCCCUCCCUGAAGGAAUUAUUAUCCCAAGCAUAGCUGGGUUGGCUGUAACGUACGCGAUCAACCUGAAUGUUCUUCAAGCUUCUGUUAUAUGGAAUAUAUGCAAUGCUGAGACCAACAUGAUCUCAUUUGAGAGAAUACUUCAGUACUCACACUUAGCAAGUGAAGCAGCUCUUUUAAUAGAAGACAGCAGACCUCCAAGCAACUGGCCGGAAACAGGAAAGAUCUGCUUCAGAAACUUGCAGAUCCGAUAUGCUGAACAUCUCCCAUCUGUCCUAAAAAAUAUCACGUGUACGUUUCCCAGCAGGAGGAAAAUUGGUGUGGUAGGAAGGACAGGGAGUGGAAAAUCCACCCUCAUUCAGGCCAUCUUUAGGAUUGUUGAGCCCAGGGAAGGAAGCAUUAUAAUUGAUGAUAUUGACAUAUCUAAAAUAGGCCUUCACGACCUUAGGUCAAGACUCAGCAUCAUUCCGCAGGACCCUACAAUGUUUGAAGGAACGGUAAGAGGAAACCUUGACCCACUGGAGCAAUACUCUGAUAGAGAAGUGUGGGAGGCUUUAGAGAAAUGUCAACUUGGUGAUAUUGUCAGAGGAAAGGAAGAAAAGCUAGAUUUCACAGUUGUGGAGAAUGGAAACUGGAGUGUGGGCCAAAGGCAGUUAUUCUGUCUAGGAAGAGCCUUGCUGAAGAAAAGCAGUAUACUUGUACUCGAUGAAGCAACGGCAUCAGUUGAUUCUGCAACUGAUGGCGUUAUCCAGAAGAUCAUUAGUCAAGAAUUCAAGAACCACACGGUCGUGACAAUUGCUCACAGAAUUUAUACAGUCAUAGACAGCGACCUCAUUUUGGUUCUUAGUGAUGGAAGAAUAGCAGAAUACGACACACCGACGAAAUUACUGGAAAGAGAAAAUUCAUUCUUCUCCAGGCUCAUAAGAGAGUACUCCAAGAGGUCACAGAGUUUCAGCAACACAGCACACCUAAAUAGCUAAACCCCGCAGUUACAACAUGAAAGGCAGCAGAAUCAAGGC